AUCAACGACGACGUUUCGAAGCGUGUCAUAAGAUUAUCAAGUUAACAAAACUCAGGCGAGAGAGAGAGAGAGAGAUCAGAAAACGGAAGAGAAGAAUAAACCAGUGAUGAAUGAGACUAUUCUCUUCUCUGAUCAUCACUCAUUGAUCGGAUUUGCAUUUUUGAUUCUCGAGUUCUGAAUCAUCCAAUUGGAUCAGAUUUUUGAUUCGACGUUCUCCGGUAUUGAUUUCGGUGAUCGGAGAAUUUCGCCAUGUCGUGGGGAUUAGGAUGGAAGAGAUCAUCGGAGAGUUUCCGUUUGAGUCUCAGUUAUGGCGCCGAUUAUCUAAACGACGAUCCGAUUCAAUCACCGUCUGCUUCACCAUUCGGAUCUCCAACUUCGAUGUCUUCGUCGUGUUCUUCUCCAUCCGCGGUGGAGGAUCCUGAAUUAGGGUUCCGUAUUGAUUUAGAUUGGACGGCAGGCGAUUCGGAGGAUCAGGUAGCGUUGCGAUUGGAAUCGCAGUUAAUGGUGGCUUUACCUGCACCGCAUGAUACAGUGGUGGUUGAAUUGAAGGGAAUUGGAGAUGACGUUGAAGGUGGUGGAGAGAAUGUUGGAUUAGAGAUGAGAGUUGAGAAACGUAGGGAGCCUUUGCGAGCAGUUACAUUGAUGAAAGCGGUUGGUUCUGGCCAGCAGUAUGAUGGUGUAGGCGUUUUGACUAGGCUAAUGCGGUCGGAUAUGAUGCCUGCAGCCAUUCCUGCGCCGGCUAUCGAUGUUGCGUCAUCUUGUGGGGUGCAUUGGAAGACUGUGACUUCGUUGAGUCUAUCUGGUUGUGGUUUAUUGGUAAUGCCAGUUGAAGUGACUGAGUUACCUCUGCUUGAGAAGCUAUGUCUUGAGCACAAUAAAUUGUCAGUUUUGCCACCUGAGAUAGGGAAGCUGAAAAACCUUAAGAUACUUAGAGUUGACAAUAACAUGCUUAUUUCUGUGCCAGUGGAACUAAGACAGUGUGUGGGUCUUGUUGAAUUGUCGUUGGAACACAAUAAACUUGUCCGGCCUCUUCUUGAUUUCAGGGCGAUGUCUGGGCUACGAAUACUACGGCUUUUUGGUAAUCCUCUUGAAUUCCUUCCAGAAAUUUUACCCUUGCAUCAGCUUCGUCACUUGUCUCUUGUAAAUAUCAGAAUUGUGUCUGAUGAGAAUCUAAGAUCAGUAAAUGUACAGAUUGAGACAGAAAACACUUCAUAUUUUGGGGCAUCUAGGCACAAGCUAAGUGCCUUCUCUCCCCUUAUAUUCCGUUCUUCGUCUUGUCAUCAUCCUCUUCUAGCAUCUACAUUGGUGAAAAUAAUGCAAGAUGAAGGAAACCGUUCUGUUAUUGGUAAAGAUGAAAAUGCGGUGAGGCAGCUUAUAAGUAUGAUAACUAGUGACAAUCGCCACGUGGUUGAGCAAGCUUGUGUUGCUUUAUCAUCUCUCGCUCGAGAUGUUGGCGUAGCAAUGCAGCUGAUGAAGUGUGAUAUUAUGAAACCAACUGAAACUGUUCUGAAAUCUUCGGCCCCGGACGAAGUUAUAUCCGUUUUACAAGUCGUGGUCACCUUAGCUUUUGUAUCUGAUUCCGUUUCUCAGAAGAUGCUCACCAAGGAUAUGCUGAAAGCCUUAAAAUCCUUGUGUGCCCACAAGAAUCCUGAAGUUCAAAGACAAGCCUUAUUAGCAGUUGGGAACUUGGCCUUCUGUUUAGAAAACCGUCGUAUUCUGAUUACUUCAGAGAGCUUGAGGGAGUUAUUGAUGCGGUUAACUGUUACACCUGAACCACGAGUCAACAAAGCUGCGGCUAGAGCUUUGGCAAUUCUUGGCGAAAAUGAAAUUCUGCGACGUUCCAUAAAAGGCAGGCAAGUACCAAAACAGGGACUGCGGAUUCUCACCAUGGAUGGAGGUGGAAUGAAAGGUCUUGCAACGGUGCAGAUUCUUAAGGAGAUUGAAAAGGGAAGUGGCAAGCCUAUACAUGAACUAUUCGACCUUAUAUGUGGCACAUCAACAGGAGGAAUGCUAGCUAUUGCCCUUGGUGUCAAGCUUAUGACACUGGAACAAUGUGAAGAAAUUUACAAGAAUCUAGGAAAGCUUGUUUUUGCUGAAUCUGUCCCAAAGGACAAUGAAGCUGCAAGUUGGCGGGAAAAGUUGGAUCAGCUAUAUAAAAGUUCAUCGCAAAGUUUCAGAGUUGUUAUCCAUGGAUCUAAGCACAGUGCAAACGAGUUCGAGAGACUGUUAAAGGAAAUGUGUGCUGAUGAGGAUGGAGAUCUACUAAUAGAAUCAGCUGUGAAGAAUGUUCCAAAAGUCUUUGUUGUAUCUACUCUUGUUAGUGUGAUGCCUGCGCAACCAUUUAUAUUUCGGAACUACCAGUAUCCUGUUGGAACACCGGAGAUGUCAUAUGCAUUUUCAGAUCAUUCAGGCGGCAGUACACUAACUUCAUCAACUGCCAGUGAUCAAGCUGGCUACUACAAGCAAAGUGCUUUUAUGGGAAGUUGUAAGCAUCAGGUUUGGCAAGCGAUACGAGCAUCAUCAGCUGCUCCAUAUUAUCUUGAUGAUUUUUCAGUUGACUCAUAUCGCUGGCAAGAUGGUGCAAUAGUGGCAAACAAUCCUACAAUCUUUGCCAUCAGAGAAGCACAACUUCUAUGGCCUGACACAAAAAUUGAUUGCUUGGUUUCGGUUGGCUCUGGCUCUGUACCAACAAGGCCACGGAAAGGUGGAUGGCGUUAUUUAGAUACUGGGCAAGUACUGAUUGAGAGUGCAUGCUCAGUGGAACGGGUUGAAGAAGCUCUAAGCACAUUGCUCCCUAUGUUGCCAGAAAUACAAUAUUUUCGGUUCAACCCAGUUGAUGAUCGCUGCGGAAUGGAGUUGGAUGAGACUGAUCCAGCGAUCUGGCUAAAAUUGGAAGCUGCGAUUGAAGAAUUCAUACAAAGCAAUUCCCAAGUAUUUAAAAACGCAUGCGAGAGAUUAACACUCCCCUUCCUAAACGAUGAGAAAUGGUGUGAGAAUUUGAAACCACAGUUUAUGAAUGGAAAGCUACCAAAUAGCAGAGUAGAGAGCAGUCCUUCUCUAGGAUGGAGACGCAAUGUUUUGCUUAUGGAGGCUCAGCAUAGUCCUGACUCAGGGAGAGUAAAGUAUCAUGCUCGUGCGCUUGAGUCAUUUUGUUCGAAUAAUGGAAUAAAGUUAUCCUCAUUACAUACUACUGCUACUCCUGGAUGCCCGAAACCAUCUCCAGGGACUGCUUUUCCCACUCCAUUUACCUCUCCUCUUAUAUCUGGAAGCUUGCCUCCGAGCCCCCUUCUCUUCACUCCUGAUCUUGGCCCACAAAAGUUCAAUAGGAUUGAUAUGGUUCCGCCACUUAGCUUGGAUGGGGGUCAUGGUGGAAAGACGGUUAUGUCGCCUCCAUCAUCUCCUCCACGACAAAGACAACUCUAUCUUCCAUUACGACAGAUGCAUGAAAAGUUACAGAAUUUACCCCAAGUGGGGAUCAUACAUCUCUCACUUCAAAAUGAUUCUAAUGGUUCAAUACUGAGUUGGCAAAAUGAUGUAUUUGUGGUUGCUGAACCUGGAGAUCUCGCUGAUAAGUUUCUCCAAAGCGUCAAAGUCAGUAUAUUGUCAGUCAUGCAAAGUAAUCGCCGAAAGGCUGCAUCAGUUCUUUCCAAUAUCUACUCAAUCUCGGAUUUGGUGCGUAGCAAGAAAUGCUUCCAGGUUGGAAAUAUCAUCCACCGUUAUAUCGGACGCCAAACCCUAGUGAUGGAAGAUGAUCAAGAAAUCGCAUCAUUUAUGUUCCGCAGAACUGUCCCUUCGGCACACUUGACUCCUGAUGAUAUUCGCUGGAUGGUGGGAGCAUGGAGAGAUAGGAUAAUAGUCUUCUCAGGAACAUUUGGACCAACACAAGCUGUCGUUAAAGCCUUUUUGGACUCUGGUGCAAAAGCUGUGAUUGGUCCAUCAAACGAGCCACUAGAGACACCACUAAUCACAUCCCAAGGCUCAUCUGAAUACAACAUUGGAGAUCAGAACGGAAAGUUUGAGAUUGGAGAAGAAGAAGACGAAGAAGAAGAAGGGAACGAGGAAAUGGAAAGGGAAGAGAUGGAACCACCGACACCGACAAGUGACUGGGAAGAUAGCGACCACGAGAAAACAAACAGAGACGAUAAGUGUUGUGGUCUUUGGGAAGAUGAUGAAGAAGAAGUGUCUGAGUUUGUUUGCCAGUUAUAUGAUCAGUUGUUCAGAGAGAAUUCAAGAGUUGAUGUUGCUCUUCAAAAAGCUCUUGCCUCUCAUCGAAAGCUCAGGUACACUUGCCAUCUUCCUAAUGUAUAGAAAGACAAAAAUACAUAUUUUUAUACCUU